CAUUUCCUGAUCUCGCUUUAUAUAUCUCUAGAGAUGUCUACAAACAAGUAUUAAUUUAUAUGUUUAAUGUGUCCGCUUCACGUAAGUACAAUGUUGAUGUCUGAUAGGAUGUUGCUCAAGGUCCUUGUUCUCGGCGACAGUGGGGUUGGCAAGACAUCUUUGAUGAAUCAAUAUGCUUAUAACAAGUUCAACAAACAAUACAAGGCAACUAUUGGUGCUGAUUUUGUGACAAAAGAGUUACAUAUAGACGACAAGCUAGUCACAUUGCAAAUUUGGGACACAGCCGGGCAAGAGAGGUUUCAUAGUCUUGGAGUUUCGUUUUACAGAGGGGCUGAUUGUUGUGUUCUUGUUUAUGAUGUAAACAUUCAAAAGACCUUCGAAACCCUACAAACAUGGCACGAAGAGUUUAUAAAACAGGCCAAUCCAAAAGAACCUGAGCGAUUCCCAUUCGUAUUGUUGGGGAAUAAGGUGGACACAGAUGGUGGGAGUUGUCGGGCUGUUUCUGAGAAGACGGCAAGAGAAUGGUGUGCUUCAAAGGGAAAUAUACCAUACGUUGAGACAUCGGCCAAAGAGAACUACAAUGUUGACGAUGCAUUCCUUUGUGUUGCUAAGACUGCUCUUGCAAGUGAACAUGAAUAUGAAGAUGUAAAUGAAAUGAAUUUUCAGAGAAUUUCAACUACAAUUUCUGAAACCGAGCAAGAACGAAGUUGUGCCUGCUGAUGAACUCUAUACCAGAAUCAAGAUAAAGAUUAACACCUAUGCAAAAUAUUUCUAUUUCUGUCGCAUUUUGUAAUAAAUAAACCAUAGAAGUUUCAAUAUUUUAGAUGUGACUUUUAUCAUCUUUUAAUAAUUUGGAUUAUGUAUAGACAAAUCCUUUUCAAAUUA